AAUUUUUGAGGUAAAAAAAUAUUUAUAUAAAGAAGACAUUUCUAAUGACCAGAAUAUUUUAUGAAUUUUAUUUGCAAAUGCGAAGGCUGCGUAGAGAGAGGCGAGAAUCUGAUAAAUGGAAUAAAACGGUUUCAGAAAAUGCCACUCUAUCACUAAACAGGAACUACAGGCAGAGGCGAAGUAACUUUGACUUUCUUCCAGAAGGAACUACUUUCAGUUACUUCUUUGAGUUUACUGGGAUACUGUUUGGCUACAAUGAAGAUUUCGACCAGAAAUAUAUUCUAGAUUUUCCCGUUGUUUAUAACUUUCCCUCCCGGGAUACUAAACGUAGAUCUCCUAGAUCCUCACCAAGGUUGUCCAGGUCGUCAAGAUCUCCAAGUUCUCCAACUUCAACUGUUCUUGAUGUUAUUCAUCAUGUGCAAAAUAUGUUCUCCAGAUGUAUUUAGAGUUAGAAUCCCCUCUAGCUAGAGGUCCUGAUGAUAUUCUGUUUGGUGGUAUUCUAGAUUUUUAUCUGAUUCCGUACACUGAGGUUCCAAGGUUUGCUGACCUUAGUAAAAUGUUCACACGGUCUCAUGUUUUAAGGAACUUAGCCAGA